CUUGCGGCAGAGGGAUGCUGUAUCACCUGACCAGGACUCUGGAGAGGCAAUGGCGACGCCCGUCCUGCGCUGGUGCUGUCCUGGAAGGCGUUGGGUUUUCGCCGGGAUUGGCGGCGUUUCUUGCCACGGAAGAGGGGUUCCAACUGGGUCCACGUCCAGCGGGAAGAGGGGACAGAGCUCAGUGGCUCAGCAGCCCCUCAUCACGGCCCAGAAACCGAGGAAAGGUGAACGUGAAUGGGCAGCUGUGGUAGGUUUGGAGAUUCAUGCCCAGAUUGCCUCCAACUCCAAACUCUUCUCUGGAUCUCAAGUCGACUUUGCAGCACCUCCCAAUUCUUUGGUAUCUUUUUUUGAUGCAUCUCUGCCUGGAACUUUGCCGGUCCUCAACAGGCGGUGUGUGGAAGCAGCCGUGAUGACCGGCCUGGCCCUGGACUGCCACAUCAACAGGAGGUCCUUGUUUGACCGGAAGCACUACUUCUACGCAGACCUCCCUGCCGGCUACCAGAUUACCCAGCAGAGGCUGCCGAUCGCCGUGAAUGGGAGCUUGGCGUACAGCGUCUGUGUGGGGAAGAGGCGGAGUCAGAUGGUCACCAGGACAGCGGGGGUCAAGCAGAUCCAGCUGGAACAGGACAGCGGCAAAAGCCUCCAUGACAGCCUGCGGUCCCAGACGCUCAUUGAUUUGAAUAGAGCGGGGGUCGGCCUUCUGGAAGUGGUCCUGGAGCCUGACAUGUCCUGUGGAGAAGAGGCGGCUGCAGCCGUCAGGGAGCUACAGCUGAUUCUUCAGGCCCUGGGGACCAGCCAGGCGAACAUGGCAGAGGGCCAGUUGAGAGUGGACGCCAACAUAUCUGUGCAUAACCCUGGGGAGCCUUUGGGCAUUCGAACCGAAGUAAAGAAUCUCAAUAGUGCCAGGUUUUUGGCCAAAGCUAUAGACUAUGAAAUUCAGAGGCAAAUCAAUGAACUCGAGAAUGGAGGUAAAAUCCUGAAUGAAACUCGCUCGUUCGAUUACAAGCUGGGGUGCACCGUGCCGAUGAGAGACAAAGAAGGAAAACAAGACUACAGGUUAAUGCCGGAGCCCAACCUGCCCCCGCUGCUGCUCUACGACUCGGGGUCCCUGCCCCCUGGCACAGACCCGCAGCAGGUGAUCAACAUCGACCAGCUCCGGGAGCAGCUUCCCGAGCUGCCCCGCGUGACCCGGGAGAAGCUCGUGCAACAGUAUGGGAUGCUGCCGGAGCACAGCUUUGCCUUGCUGAAUGAAGUUGGCCUACUGGAGUUCUUCCAAAAUGUGAUAAAAGAAACUAGGGCAGAGCCAAAAAAAGUGACUAGUUGGGUCCUCAACACUUUUCUGGGCUUUUUAAAGCAACAGAACCUUGCCGUCAGUGAGAGUCCUGUCACACCCUCUGCCCUGGCUGAGCUGCUUGACCUGCUGGACAGGAAAGCCAUCUCUUCAUCCGCAGCUAAACAGGUGUUUCAGGAACUGUGGAGGAGUAAGGGCAAGACCCCAGCACAGAUCGUUGCAGAAAAGCAGCUUGAACUGAUGCAGGAUGCAGAGGCACUGGAGCAGCUCUGCCGCUCCAUGCUGGAGGCACAUCCUCAAGUGGUCACGGAUGUAAAGAAGGGAAACCCCAGGGCCAUAAACAAACUGAUCGGGUUGGUCCGAAGAGCGACUCUCGGCCGAGCAGAUCCAACGGUGAUAAAGGAGGUGCUGGAGAGGCAGCUGUCGUCGUGACAGGUUCGGGUCCCCCUGCCACGGCCGGGCUGGAGCCUGUGCGCUGACGUCCUAGGCCCCAGCCAGACGCCCCGCCUGACCUGCGCCUUGAGGUGCAACCUCCACGCAGACCAAGCCUGGCGCCAUUGCUUCAUCGACAUCACACGCUUCCGGGGGAGGUGCAGCAGUGGUGAGAAACAGCACGUCCUAGUGCGCAGUGACGCCGAGCUCAGUGCCACAUGCUGUUUCAGAUACCGUCACCACCCUAGGAAAACGUUUCAUUCCGCAGGUCCCUCAACAAAUAUUUUUAAGCACGUGCUAAGGGCCGGGCGUUGUUCCAAGUGCUGGGGAUUAGCAAUGAUGAAGAGAGGCCGUGAUCUGGAUGCAGUAUUUUGUUUGCGGCGCUCUCAUUAGUCUUAGUACCAGGAAUAAGUAUUCUCCCAUCCACUGAGUAAAAGUGAUGUUGCCCAUUCAAUGCCCAGGGAUCCCAGAAGGCAGAGGUCUGAGAAUAAAUGAUUUAUUUAUUUUUUUGGU